AUGUUGACUCGAAUGUCGCUAAUGCCGUACAUGAUACUUUUAGAUGGAGGAGAAAAGCAAAAUGACAAAUUUUUGCCGUCAAAAGCAUGUUGGACGUGCUGCCGUUUGUCUGGCUUCGAAUGUUAUGUUGAGUCUUGCGCAGUUCAAAUUUCUCUCAAUGCGAGAUUUCAUUUCAUUUCCAACAAUGUUUCUGUGCGAAAUAUAAAAAGAAUUAAAUCUCCGAAUUGUGAAGAAUUUCAAUAUUUUGUCACGCGAGUUCAUUGCGCACUUGCUAUGAGAAUAUCAGCGCUCAUUUCCCCUCGAAAGCAAAACAGAAUUUUUAGUGAAGAUUAA